CAUGUCAGGAUCGUUGCAGAGAUCCUGCUGCCUUGGCUCUCACGAUCAAUCGUGAGGAUGGUGUUGUCUGCGAGGGGCUACGGACGCCUCGUUUUUUGUUUUUAAAACAGAUGUCGGGAGCCGAUGAAGUCACAUGAAAACGGACUCUAACACCUCCUGAAGCCGACUGUCUGUGGAGAAAAAGACGCCACUGUCAGACCAAGGACAACGCUAACAUUACUGAUGGAAUUCCCAGUCGUUGCUAGAUGGAGAAGCCGAAAGGGUGGACUCGUUAUAAAUAAUUAAAGAACACAUCUGCUGCUAAAAUAGAAGGAAAAUGCAUCUGCACCAGGUGCUGACGGGGGCGGUGAACCCUGGGGAUUGUUGCUACUCGGUGGGGAGCGUUAAUGACAUUCCCUUCACGGCCUACGGAUCAGGAUGCGAUGUAGUCAUCUUGGCUAGCGACUUCGACUGCGUUCAGAUUAUCCCGGGAGCUCAGAAUGGAAACAUACAGGUGGGCUGUGUGGAGUGCUCCCACCAGCUUGGCAGGAUUGCCGCUUCUUACGGAAACACAGUCUGCAUCUUUGAGCCGCUUUCUAUCAAUCCCAAUAAACGCCACAAGCAACUUAACUAUCAGUGGCAAAAGACAGGACAGUUCUUUCUUGAUGCCAUCACCUACAACCUGGCCUGGGACCCGCAAGGGAACCGUAUCCUGGCAGCAACUGAACGACUCCAGCUGUGGGCUCCUCCACUGGCAGACGCUCUCAUAGAAGAGGAGGAUGGGCAGAUGAUGGAGGACAAACCCCACCCUGUCCUCAGUGACUGGAACUGUGUCUGGCAGUGCAAGACCGCUGCGUCCAUUCACACCGCCAAGUGGUCUCCUGAUGGGGAGUACUUUGCAACGAUUGGGAAGGAUGACUGUUUACUUAAGGUGUGGUAUCCCACCACUGCCUGGCGCUCAGCGGUGGUGGUCCAGGACCCAUCUGAUAAAAAGUCUCCACCUGUUCACUUUUCCUUUGUUUACUUGGCCCAUCCUCGCUCGGUCACUGGUAUGUCCUGGAGGAAGACCAGCAAAUACAUGCCCAAGGGAACGGUCUGCAACGUCUUGCUCACGUCCUGCGAGGACGGUGUGUGCAGGUUAUGGUCAGAGACCCUACUACCAGAAGACAGCCUGCUGGGUGGGCAGAUCACUGAGAACACACACACUUUCAGCUCCAGCCUCCCGGGUCUGGCAGGAAAUAAGGACAAAAUCCAGCACGCUUUAGAGUCAAUCCACCACCUGAAACAGUUGCGCCGGGGCCGGCGGCGGUCCUCUGCUCUGGUGGCCCACAGCGACCUGCUGCCCUCUCAGCUGGGCACACAAGACGCUCACACUCACCGCCACAUUGCUCACCAUGCCAACGCCCUGUGUCACUUUCAUAUCUCGGCCAGUAUUAACCCAAACACAGACAUCCCCUCGACGCUGGCUGACUCCUCAGUAUUCAACCCUGAAGACAGCACCGGUGGUGGAGGCUUUGUGGUUCACUGGCUUAACAACAAGGACCUCAGUUUCACUUCAUCAAUGGACCUUUUUAUGUCGCAGCUCCGCAAAUUCUCCGAGCAUCACCUGGACCAGACUACUGACGAGCCUCUAGACGCCGAGGGAUCCCCUAUGAAGUUUGAUUUUGACCUGGAUGAGAUGUCUGACAAAGCGUCCUCGGAGCACGGAGAGGAGGGGGAUUCAGGGGAACAAGGAAGCACUAAGGCGUCCUCGCCUGGAUCCAGCUCCAGCAUGCCGUUACCGUCCAUGCUGCUGGAAAGGAAGAUGGAGACUCUGACCAUAGAGUGGAACAAGAGUCCAGACAUGUUGUUCACAAUACACCCCGCUGAUGGUUCCUUCUUGGUUUGGCAUGUGAAGUACUUGGAUGAAUUCAACCAGGGGAUUUUCAGACAAGUUCAGGUCUCCUUCUCCUCGCGCAUUCCGGUAGCAUUUCCUGCAGGUGAUGCCAACUCCCUAAGUAAAAACAUCCUGAUGUACGCCUGCACUUUGACUGAGAGCGAGAGCGCUGGUACCGGCGAACAGGGAAGAAUGGUCCAGCGGAUGUCCCGCUCAGCGUCCAUAUCCACCGGCCUGGGCUCCACCGCUGUCUCUCCCUCACCAAAACUUCGCCCUGGCAUUAGCCCUGCCGUCAUGAUGGUGUCGAAGCACGUCGACGGAUCUCUCAACCAGUGGGCGGUGACAUUUGCUGAGCGUUCCGGCUUCUCCAACGUCCUGACUGUUUCUCACAAGAUUCGUUACUGCGGCCACCGUUUCCACCUAAACGACCAGGCCUGUCACACCGUGCUGCCGCUGCUGCUCACCUCCUCCCACCACAACGCGCUGCUCACCCCUCCCUCUGCCCCCAGCAGUUUGGAAGGGGAGCAGCCCCAGUCCUUUCCUCCACCAAAAGGGCUUCCCAGGAAGCAGCUUCGCAAUGCAGCUACAAGGACUUUCCACGACCCAAACGCCAUUUACAGUGAGCUGAUUUUGUGGCGAGUGGACCACAUCGGACCCCUGUCCUGCACCGGAGGGGUCUCUGAACUGGCCCGCAUCAACUCUCUGCACACGUCUGCCUUCAGCAAUGUGGCUUGGCUGCCUACACUGGUACCCAGCACAGUACUUGGAACCUACUGUAACAGUGCCAGCGCCUGCUUCGUGGCAUCAGACGGUAAAAACCUGCGUCUCUAUCAAGCCGUUGUGGACGCCAGAAAACUACUGGAUGAGCUGUCAGAUCCAGAAACAUCUAAACUGGUGGGUGAAGUGUUCAACAUUGUCAGCCAGCAGUCCACAGCCAGACCUGGAUGUAUCAUCGAGUUGGAUGUCAUUACAAACCAGUGCGGCUCCAACACCCAGCUGCUUCAUGUCUUCCAAGAGGAUUUCAUUUUAGGUUACAAACCUCAGAACGAAUCAGAGGCUUUCACACCAGCCUUCUCGACUGGAGAAGAUUACCAACCUGCCCCAUUUUCUGAGAAGUUCUUCUUGGUGGUAAUAGAGAAAGAUCUUAAUGGGAACUCUGUGCUGCAGAUGUGGCACCUGCACCUCCAAUCCGUGCAGGCCUGCGUCGAUGAGCCCAGCCAACCAUUUAGUUUCCAGAGCCAGCUCCUGGUUCCCAGUCAGGUCGUGAAUGCCGACUCGUCCCCGGAGACCUCUCCAAUCAGACCCCUGCCUCGAUCUGCUUCUUCAGCCAACUUGCAAUCAGCAAGCAAACUUAUCCUCAGCUCCAGGCUGGUGUGCAGCAAGCGACUAGACUUACCGCAUGGGGUGGAAGUUACCAGGGCAACGCCAUCUGCAGGUCACCUGAGCUCCUCCUCCAUCUACCCCGUGUGUCUGGCUCCGUACCUGAUCGUUACCACCUGCUCCGAUUCUCACGUGCGCUUCUGGCGCUGCGCUGUAGAGGGCGACGACGGACACGACACGGACAACCGGGUGUACCGCUGGGAACCGUGGAUCCUCAUGAACGAGGAGGAGGACAACAACAGCGCAGUGUCUGUGUCGGGACGGCCUGUCGCCGUUUCCUGCUCCUACAUCGGCCGGCUAGCCGUGGCCUUUAAGCAGCCGCGGCACGGACUGCUGCACAAUUCUGUGGAGGACUUCUCCAUGCACGUUUCCAUCUACGAGUGUGAAUCCACUGGAGGCUCUGAGUGGGUCUUAGAGCAAACUGUUCACCUUGAUGACUUUGUCAGACCUUCUUCAACACUGGAUCCGAGAGUCAGCGUGGACUCCAACCUUUUUGUCUACAGCAGGUCUGAUUUGUACAUGAGCAGAGACCAUAGCUCACCCAACAUCAAGCACUUCGUCCACCUGGACUGGCUGUCGAAGGAGGACGGCUCCCACAUUCUCACAAUUGGGGUGGGCUCCAACAUCCUCAUGUACGGCCGCAUCUCUGGCAUGGUCAAUGAGCCGACCAGCAGCAAAGAGGGGGUGGCAGUAAUCACCCUUCCCCUAGGGGGCAGUAUCAAACAGGGCAUCCGUUCACGCUGGAUCCUGCUUCGCGCCAUUGACCUCCUGUCGUCUGUGGACGGGACGCCUUCGCUGCCGGUCUCCCUGUCCUGGGUGAGGGACGGCAUCCUGGUGGUGGGUAUGGACUGUGAAAUGCACGUGUACGCCCAGUGGCACCAGGACAAGAAGCCCGGCGAGGGAGAAGAGGGCAACCUGUCAUCCGCAGACAUCGCCGGAGGUCAGAGCGUGGUUACCUCCUCCGUCUUCGAAGGGAGAGCCAGGUCCAAGAGCGUGUUUGAAGGAAGCACUGGAGUAGACGAGGCGCUCCGCGCCCCCGCAGGCCUACAGGAGGGUGGACUCUUCGAGGCGGCUCAUUCUCUCUCCCCAACUCUGCCGCAGUACCACCCAACUCAGCUGCUGGAACUCAUGGACUUGGGAAAGGUCAGACGGGCCAAGGCCAUACUUGCCCAUCUGGUGAAGUGCAUAGCCGGAGAAGUCGCCGUGGUCAGGGAUGUGGAGGCAGGUGAAGGCGGAUCCAGGAGGCAUCUCUCUCGAACAAUCAGCGUGACCGGAAGCACGGCAAAGGACACCAUAGUGGCCGGCCGAGACGGAGGGAGGGAUUACACGGAGAUCAACUCCAUCCCUCCACUGCCCCUGUACGCCUUGAUGUUGGCCGACCUGGACACCUCAUUCAAGGGAGCAGAAGAAAGCGCCAAAACGGCUAAGGUUGUUGACGGUGAUGCGGCUCAAAAAUUCUCAGAAGACCAGUAUGCCGAUCUCUUCCAGGUGCCAACAGUUACUACUGAUGACUUUGUGAACUUUGCUACUGAUAAACCAGAGAGAAAGUCUCGAGUCAUCAACCUCUCUCAGUAUGGGCCCUCUUAUUUUGGACCAGAGCAUGCUCAGGUGUUAUCCAGCCACCUCAUGCACUCGAGCCUCCCGGGACUGACCAGGCUGGAGCAGAUGUUUUUGGUGGCCCUGGCCGAUACGAUUGCUACCACCAGUGCUGAAGUUACGAGCUCCACUGAUCAGCAGUACACAGGUGGCGAGGCUCUUGAUGAGUGUGGACUGAGGUACCUGCUCGCCAUGCGUCUUCAUACCUGCCUGCUCACGUCUUUGCCUCCCCUGUAUCGCAUGCAGCUGCUUCACCAGGGCCUUUCCACGUGCCACUUUGCCUGGGCCUUCCACUCGGAGGCGGAGGAGGAGCUGCUGAACAUGAUUCCUGCCAUGCAGAGAGGCGACCCACAGUGGUCUGAGCUGAGAGCUGUGGGAGUGGGAUGGUGGAUACGCAACAUCAACACGCUGCGGAAAAUGGUGGAGAAGCUGGGCAAAGCUGCAUUCCAGAGGAACAGCGAUCCUUUGGAUGCCGCGCUCUUUUACUUGGCCAUGAAGAAAAAAGCCGUUCUGUGGGGUCUAUUCCGGUCUCAGCAUGAUGAGAAAAUGACUCAAUUCUUCAAAAACAACUUCACUGAGGACCGCUGGCGAAAAGCAGCUCUAAAAAACGCUUUCUCCCUGCUGGGAAAGCAGCGCUUUGAACAGUCUGCUGCUUUUUUCCUAUUAGCUGGCUCCCUUAAAGACGCAAUAGAGGUGUUGAUGGAGAAGAUGGAGGAUCUCCAGUUAGCCAUGAUAGUCGCGCGGCUGUACGAAGCCGACUUUGAGAAUUCGUCCACCUGCCAGGGCCUCCUGUACGAGAAGGUUCUGGGCUGCAACCGGGACGGGAGCGCCUAUCACUGCUCCAGGCUGCAUCCAGACCCGUUCCUUCGCAGCAUAGCCUAUUGGAUUAUGAAAGAUUACACCCGAGCCCUGGACACACUCUUGGAGAGAAACCCAAAAGAAGAGGAGAAUCCAGAUGUGAUGGUGAAGUCUUGCAACCCUGUGGUGUUUAGUUUCUAUAACUACUUGAGGACACAUCCUCUGAUCAUCCGUCGGCACUUUGCGAAUCCAGAAGGCACGGCGACCAACGUGGGCCUCACCGCUGAGAAAAGCGGUGCAGAUGAGAUCAACCUUAUAGAGCGCAAACUGUUUUUCACCACUGCCAAUGCACACUUUAAAGUGGGCUGCCCGGUUUUGGCUCUGGAAGUGCUCUCCAAGAUUCCCAAAGUAAGCCGGAAAUCUGGCUCCUCGUCUCCCAGCAAAGCUCCGUCGAAGGCAAACGUGAAUACGAGCCAGCCGUUAGAAAAUGGCACCCAGGGCGGUUUGGACUGGGGUUCCUCUGCAGCGCCAGCUCCUGCCUGGGGAGCCAACGACGGCGUCGGCGGGCUGGACUGGAGCCAGCCCGUUGUCAAGGUGGAGGAAGACGAGCUGCAGCUCGUCUGGGGCGAUGACAGGGAAGACGAUGAGGAUGAGGAUGAAGAUGGCUUAACCAUGAAGAAACCAGAGAUUGAGGACAAAGGCUCAAAGAACGAUGGUCCCAAACUGCAAAGAGAAGACUCACAGGGUGAGUCCGAAGUGGAUGUGAUUGCAGAGCAGCUGAAGUUUCGUGCGUGUUUGAAGAUCCUGAUGACCGAGCUGCGGACGCUGGCCACGGGUUUCGAGGUAGAUGGAGGGAAGCUCCGCUUCCAGCUCUACAGCUGGCUGGAGAAGGAGAUUGCAGCAAUGCACAAGAUCUGCAACUACAAGGUGGAGGGAAAAGAGGAAGGCCCAGAGUUCGAGAGGGACCGUACGGCGUCUGUGGACAUUUCAGACGAGGCGCUGGACAACAUGGAGGCCGGGGCUUACGAGCGUCACCAGAUGGAGCGACGUCGCCUUCAAGCCAAGCAGCAGCACUCUGAGAGGCGUAAAGCCUGGCUGAGGAAGAACCAGGCCCUGCUGAGGGUCUUCCUGUCCUACUGCAGCCUUCACGGAGCCAAAGGAGGAGGGGUCACCUCCGUCCGUAUGGAGCUUCUCUUCCUUCUGCAGGAGAGCCAGCAGGAGACCACGGUGAAGCAGCUGCAGUCCCCGCUGCCUCUGCCUACAACCCUGCCCCUGCUGUCUGCGUGCAUCGCCCCCACCAAGACGGUCAUAGCCAAUCCCGUUCUCCACCUGAGCAACCACAUCCACGACAUCCUCUACACCAUCACAAUGAUGGAGGCUCCGCCACAUCCGGACGUCAUCGACGAUCGGGUAAAUGCUCUUCACACGCUAGCAGCGUCUCUUUCUGCUUGUGUCUACCAAGCCCUAUGUGACAGUCACAGUUACAGCAGUCAAACAGAAGCCAACCAGUUCACUGGGAUGGUGUACCAGGGGCUGCUGCUAAGUGAAAGGAAGCGGCUUCGCACGGAAAGCAUUGAAGAACAUGUUACUCCAAACUCUGCUCCUGCGCAGUGGCCUGGUGUGUCGUCCCUGAUCUCCUUGUUGACGUCUGCGAGGGAGGAGGACCAGCCGAGGCUCAGCGUUCUGCUGUGCGAGGCGGUCGUGGCCGUUUAUCUUUCGCUGCUUAUCCACGGCCUGGGCACUCACAACAGCAACGAACUCUUCCGCCUGGCCGCGCAUCCCCUCAACAACCGCAUGUGGGCGGCCGUCUUCGGAGGAGGAGCAAAAGUCAUUAUUAAGCCAAAGAGGCCUGAACUUCCACCAGUGCCAGCUGAGUUUGAGGCAGCCAGUCCAGAGGAAUCUCAGGAGACAGGAAGACCUGAGCAGAGCCACCUCUCCCCAAACCCCUCUCCCAUCCCCACUGAAACCCAGCACCCCAAUCGACCCCCUCCUCCUGUUUCAAGGGGAGAGGGGCUGGGCACUGUGGCCCCAGCAACUAAGGCCAGCUCGGCCCCCCCUCAGCCGCCUGCGGAGGACGUGGACCGAUACAGGCGCAGAUUCAACAUGAGGAUGCUGGUUCCUGGACGCCCCGUGAAGGAGACGCCCGCCACCCCGCCUCCUGUGCCUGCAGAGAGGCCCACCUACAGAGAGAAGUUCAUUCCCCCCGAGCUGAGCAUGUGGGACUACUUCGUAGCGAAACCUUUCCUCCCGCUCUCAGAGAGCAAUGCUUUGUAUGAUUCAGACGAAAGUGGCGCUGAGGAUGACGACGAUGAUGACGAUGCCUUCCUCUCAGACACACAGAUGACAGAGCAUUCGGACUCCAGCUCCUACAGCUGGACUUUGAUCCGUUUGGUUAUGGUCAAACUGGCUCAUCACAACGUCAAGAACUUUAUCCCUCUCACUGGACUUGACUUCACAGAUCUACCAGUCACUUCCCCUCUCAGCAACGCAGUGUUGAAGACUUUGGAGAACUGGGAACAGCUUUUACUGGAGCGGAUGAACAAGUUUGAAGGUCCGCCUCCCAAUUACAUCAACACCUACCCCACUGACCUGAGCUCGGGAUCUGGACCCGCCAUACUGCGACACAAGGCCAUGCUGGAGCCAGACAACACGCCCUUCAAGAAUAAGAGCCAUCAGUCCUUCCCAGUUCGACGUCUUUGGCAUUUCCUGGUCAAACAGGAAGUUCUCCAGGAGGCUUUGAUUCGUUACAUCUUUACCAAGAAAAGGAAGCAGAGUGAGUCUUUAGAGAACCAUGUGGACCGUAUAAACCCAAACUGCAUAGCUGGAGCUAGCAGUCCCUAUAAGGUAGAGGCAGAUCUGGGCUAUCCUGGAGGAAAGGCCAAAAUCAUUCACAAGGAGUCUGACAUAAUUAUGGCGUUUGCCAUUAACUGGGCUAACUCCAAUGAGAUCGUGUUGGCGUCCACCCACGACGUCCAGGAGGUGGACGUCUCCACUCUAGUGGCCGUCCAGCCCUACACCUGGAUAGGAGACGACUUUGAUAAGGAAUCCCGAAGCUCUGACGACUUGGACCCCCGCUCCUCUCACACAAAUAUCGCCCAGGCAAGCUCUGUGUCCUUUGCGCCGCCGCCGAUGCCGGUCUCUGCAUCCAUGCCGUGGCUCGGUAGCGGUCAGACCAGCAUGGGGGCCAGCGUGAUUAUGAAAAGAAAUCUGAAUAACGUGAAGAGGAUGACAUCGCACCCUGUUUAUCAGUAUUACAUGACGGGGGCUCAGGACGGCAGUGUGAGGAUGUUCGAAUGGAACAGGCCGCAGCAGCUCAUCUGCUUUAGACAAGCAGGCAACGCUCGUAUCACCCGGCUCUAUUUUAACACCCAAGGCAAUAAGUGCGGAGUUGCUGACGGAGAGGGAUUCCUCAGUCUCUGGCAGGUCAACCAGACGUCCUCCAACCCCAAACCGUACCUGAGUUGGCAGUGUCACUCCAAGACCUGCGGCGAUUUUGCGUUCAUCACGUCCUCCAGCCUGAUCGCGACAGCCGGACAGUCCAACGACAACAGAAAUGUUUGCUUGUGGGACACUCUGAUUUCACCUGGCAAUACCAUAGUCCACGCGUUCCCCUGCCAUGAGAACGGGGCCACUGUUCUCGAGUACGCUCAGAAACAGCAGCUGCUCAUCACUGGAGGCAGGAAAGGCUUUGUGUGUGUGUUUGACAUCCGCCAGAGACAGCUGCUGCACACUUUCCAGGCCCAUGACUCGGCCAUCAAGGCGCUCGCUCUGGAUCCCUUUGAGGACUUCUUCGUCACCGGCUCUGCAGAGGGAAACAUAAAGGUCUGGAAGCUGGCGGGCCACGGCCUCAUGCACUCCUUCAGCAACGAACACGCCAAGCAGUCCAUCUUCCGCAACAUCGGCAAUGGCGUCACAAAGGUGGAGACGCGUCCGGGGAACCGCAUCUUCACCUGCGGCGCGGACGGCACCCUGAAGAUGAGGGUUCUCCCUGACCGCUACAACAUCGCCAGCAGCAUCGUUGACAUCCUGUGAUGCCUGCUUCCACAUCUGACGGUCCAAAGACGAAAAAGACAAGUAGAAAAAAAAAAA